UAUAUACACAUAGAAGUUAAUCAAAAUAUUUGUACUAAGAAAAUAGACUUUGCUUGCAUUAACCUAUUUUGUAUCCUUACUUUCCCAAACACAUUACAAUUUGUCUACAAGAUUUAAUAGAUAGAAACCAUGGAAGCAUCUCAACCAAUUUCAAUUGAAAGUUUUUCAUAUAGUUGGCUAGUAAAUCUUAAACCAUCAUCACUAGUAGAAAGUCUUGAUAGUUCUUCCCUUAGAACUUCUCUUGAUACUUAUAAUUAUGAUGAAGCUUCUUUCAUUGAAAUGGAUCCAAGAAUGCCACCUUCUAGAAGAUUCUUUAUAAACUCACAAGAUUUCAAAUUUGAUUUUCCAACUUCACAAUCUUCUCUUGUUGAUGCUGAUAAACUCUUUUGCAAUGGUUACCUAGUGCCAUUUUUUGUUGAAUCAAUGAAAAUUGAACCAUGUGAAUAUGAUUCAUCAAAUUCAAAUUCAACCUUAGAUUCAUCCAUAUCACAUGUAGCUAAAAAAGUGGCUCCUAUGAAAUAUUCAAGAUGCACAUCAUUGAAAAGGUGUAAAACAUUAUCAAGGAGAAUGUUUCAAAAAUAUUUGAAUUUCUUAAGUCCUUUGUGUAGAAGAUUAAGGGGUAAAAAAUCAGGAUCAAAACAUGAGAAUGUUGUGAAAAGAACACAAUCUAUUCGAGGAAAUUAUUGUGAAUCAUCUCCAAGAAUUAGUGUCGCUUAUUCGGCUGAUUAUUCGCGUGCGUCGUGUGAUUCUGAUAGUUCAAUUUAUGAAGCCGUUCUUCAUUGCAAAAGAUCCAUUGGUAUGAGUCCAAAAAAAAAUUAGUUCCGUGUGUAUAUUAUUUUCCAUAUGUACAUGUAUAUUAUUAUAAAGUUAUUUUCAAUUUUUUGAGAAUCAAUGUAUAUUUAUUUAUCUAUAAUCGAGUUGUAUUAGCUCUAUUUAAUCGAGUUUUUUUUGUAAACAUGUAAGAUGUUUAACUGCGACUGCAAUAUAAAACAUGGUGGCAGACAUUAUUUCAAGCUUUCUCUUGAUCAAUGGAGUAUCUAUAGGAAAUAAGUAUAUAUCGUUUGUGAGCAGGGAUG